AUGCCUAGAGGGGACUGUCGUAUUGGAGGUCCGUCGGCUGUAUCUUCUGAAGAAGAAUCCGAGUCGGAUGGGGAGGACCUGGGAGCCCUUGAGUCUGAAGGAGGCGACCCCAAAUCUGGAGGGGAGGACCUCAAUCCAGGGUUGGAGAUUGCCCCUGUUGUUGAUACUAAGACAUCUGACCCAAAGGAUGCCGGGCUUCCUCCAGAUACAGUUGUAAAUAAACAUAAUGUAGGCGAGGAUGUUCUUACAAAUGCUUUUACACCUAUGGCUUGUGAUGCUUCGUAUAUCCCUGGGUAUCUUCCAGCUUCUGGUGAGAAGAUGGACCAGAUCAAGCCCCUAAAGAACUUCACGCUGUCUAGAGAGAGCAUGAAUGUUGCGUUGGACGCCCUCCUAGCUGGGCGAUCGGUGGGGGAGGCUACUCAGGAAGUGGCUGAAGUUAUCUCCUCCAGGUCGGCCAGCCGACCUCCUGCCCCAGCUUCUACCCGAGCUUCGAAGCCGAGCUCCCGAGGUACCAAGUCUUCAAGACCAUCCAGCCGCAGCAGGUCGAGCUCGGUCCCUCAAACUGCUCAGGCUCCCCGGUCUCAACGGGUUUCUACCGAGGGGGCAAAGAAAGCUCCAAGGGUCACUCCUAGGCCGGUUGAAGACACUGAGCCGGUGAAGACAAAGCCUGCCUUGCCUUCUGAUAGUAUUUCCGGGGAGAGGCUCGAGGCCCCCACAUCUGAGGAGAGGGUCCUUGAAGGGGGGACGAAGAUUAUCCCCGCUGGCGAGGGUGUUCAGGGGGCUCCUGUCGAGGCCGCCCCAGUUACCGAGAAGAGGGAGCCCGGACCAGUCAAUGAAGUUGUCUCUCAGGGCACUGUAGAAGGGGCUGAGUCCGGGUCGAUCGAGGUCGUUCCUCCUCAAGAGAAGUCAUCGGCUGCCUCUAAGGGCCCUGCAAAAGGGGUUGGGAGUAAGCGUCCCCCUCCCUCCAAAGCUCUGGCCCCAGCUCCCGUUUCCAAGAAGGCUCGGGCCUCUAGGCGCACUACCCCCGCUCUGCCUCCGCUCGAGAAGAAAAAGACUUUGAUGGCAAUGGGUGUUUUCAUGGAGAUAGAUGCUCGGGAUCGCGCCCUCAGGGACUCAGUGGACCGCCGUAUUGAGGAGGCACGUCUCGAGGAGAACUUGUCGGCGACUAGCGAUGCCCGGAGCAAUCUUGCGGCUGCCCAAGAGCACUCCAAGUCCCUCCAGAUAGAGCUAUAUACUACGCGGGAGGCCCUCAAGAAAGCUGAUGGGAGGACAGCUGAGGCAGAAAAUCAGCGUGACGAGGCUUUAAAAGAAGAAGCCCUGGCUCAGGUUGUGGUCCUCGAGCAAGAGCUGACCAAGUGGGCUGAUAGUGAGAGGGACCUGGCCCUGGCAGUAGAGACGUUUAAACUUCAAAGCCAGCAUCUCUGCCAGGAGGUCGAGAUUCUUAAGAAAAGAUGUGCGGCCUUGCUCGAGGACGCCAAGCAUGCUGAGGACAGAGUCCAGCUGGAGUGCGAAGAGCGCUUAAGGGAGUACAAGGAGUCGACUGAGUUGAAAGAAAAGAUUGAACAGGCCUGUGAGGCUCAUCUUCAGAGCUAUAAGGACUCUUUGGAGCUGAAAGCCAAGAUAGCUAAGGCCUGCGAGGAGCGACUUGCGGAAUUUAAAGCCUCUGGGGAGAUGAAGACGGCCAUAUGGAAUAAGGGCUUCCGCAUGUUCGUCUCUGGAUACAAUCGAGGCUUAAGGAUUGCCAGAUAUGCCCCCUCCACACCGUUGGCUGAACUCCAAGCCGCUGAGGAAGACUCCGAUGGUGAGGAGGUGCUUUACGGGGAGGAUGACAGGCCCUUGCCUAAGGGAGCUUCUCGUACUGUAGCUGGGCCUUCUGAGGCAGAUGCCGAGCUGGGGAAGGAAGAUGAAGGUGCUGGGCCUCAGAGGCAGGAGAUUGUGCCCUUUGUGGGUACUGGGGGGUCUGUGCCAGAGGGUGCCAGGCCUCCCAUAGAUAGUAAUGUAAAUAAUGUUAAUGUAGAUAAAGAUAGUGUAGAUGAUGAUGUUCCUAGGCAUGUAAGUCCUUUAAGGACAGUUUUUCCUUCAGUAGAGUAG